UCGGCAAGUGAACAAGUUGGUGAAGCCUCCAUUUUCUUUUGCCAAAUCAAGGAUCUUAGGUGCGUUCAACAUUUAAAUCCAUGUUUGUAUUAUUUUCUCAGGGAAGAGGCUCUUGACUACCUGAAAUCAUCAAUUGAAAUGGUAAGAAAGCUGUUGACAGUGUUAAUUGGAAAUCUUGGAGUAACACUUGAUGACUCAAGACUCGAAUCCCUAAUUGGCAUGAAGAUGGUCAACAUGAAUUUCUACCCCAUUUGCCCAAAUCCUGAACUGACAGUUGGUGUGGGGCGCCACUCUGAUAUGGGCACAUUAACUGUGCUUUUGCAAGAUGGUAUUGGAGGUUUAUACGUAAAGCUGGAAGAAGGUAAACUUAAUGGCAGAAAAGAAGAGUGGAUAGAGAUUCCUCCAAUUCUUGGUGCUCUAGUUAUUAAUGUUGGGGACUCCUUAUAG